ACUAAGGCCCAAGCUUUGCUAUUUUUUAUACAUGUAUAAAAACGAUAAAAACAUAUACACCGAAAGGACCAAAAAUAUCUUUAAAUUUAUAAAUUACACAGAAAAGUGUAUAAAUAAAACUACUUUUAUUAUUUAUAACGAAGCAUAAAUAUGAACUAAUAAAAUUUGAAAUUUUUUCAGACAGCUUCUUCAUUUUGGGUAUAAGAAAAAUUGCAUGAUAAUCUUUCACAAUGACUACGACAAAAACUCCGGUUUCGAUUCUAAACGAAAUGAUGGUAAAAAAGAGAAUAAUUCCUGCAUUUGAUUUACUCGGCACUGAGAGUAUAAAUUUGACGACACGAUUUACAUACCAAGUUUCUUGUGAUGGACUAAUUGCAACAGGAAGUGCAAGAACUAAAAAAGAAGCUAAACAAGAAUCGGCGAAGGAAAUGUUGGAGAAAAUUGCAACACGAGAUGCUCAAUUAAAGGAAAAAGCAUUAAAGAGGCCACUCGUUACAGAACAAUCAAGAGAAAAUGUAGUUGAACCAAAAAAAUCACGAGUCGCUCCAGGGCAAAAUUUUAUUGGCCCCCUAAUCCAACUCUGUUCGAAAAAAUUUAUGGAACUUCCACAAUAUAAAAUUGAUGAAACGGGUCCUGCUCACAUGAAGACAUUCUCUGUCACCUGCUCUGUUUCAACAUUAACUGCUUAUGGUUAUGGAAAAACGAAAAAACAAGCUAGAAAUGAAGCUGCAUUCAAGAUGUGGGAAAUGAUCCAAGAACAAAUAUCCGCUGAUCCGCAGAAUAAUGACAUAAAAAAAGAAUUACAAUCCUCAUUAAUUAAAAAUUCAAAAGAAUUGCCUCCAGACAAUGAAAUCGUUCAGAUAAAUUCAACGAAUGGACAAUUUGCAAAUAAGCUAAAAACUCAAGACGAAAACACAAUUCCAGAUUCUUCUACAGUGAAAAUUGAUAAAAUUCUUGAAGCAAAAAACGAAACAACUUCCACGCAUGAUGCUCCAUUAAGCCAUGAAAAUGCUUCUUCAUCGGAUGAGAAGACUACGAAUGAAAAAACUGUGUCUGAUGGUGCUGUAAAGGUCCACAAUCCACUUGCAACAAAAAUUAAAUCUUCGAUUAAGGAAAAUGAAACAGACUCUCCAACAUCUAAUGAAACAGAAGUUACUACCGAAAAUGUUAAGGUUCACAAUCCCCUCUCAACAAAAUUACAAAACCCUCAAAAUUCUCCACUAUUGAAAUUUAUGCAAAUGAAGGCGGAUUCAAAUAAAUUACUCAUAACUGAUGGACAUUUUAAAAAAUGUUUCGAAGAUGAAAUUCGUCAACCCAUAUUACAGCAAGUGGUGAAUUUAAUGAAAGAAAUAAAUUCUGCGCAAGAAAUAACCGAGAAAUUUUUUUCCGAAGUGAGAACAAAUUUUAUCGAAUUAUUAAAACCAUUGAAAUUAAUAUACAAAAGUAAAAAAUUAGAGACAAAAUCAAGUAAAUUUAUUAUGUUCGUCGAAAUUUCUACAAAUCCAGACAUCAAUGAAAUUGGAAUUGCCGACACUCUACAUCAAGCGGAAAUAAUGGGUAUAAAACAAAUUUUACAAUUAUUAAUCAAGAUGCUGUAAAAUAAAUUUCGAAACUCCUUUCAACUAGACUGAACAGAUUUUCCAACAGCUAAUUUAAAAUUGAGAAUUGAUUCCACAAUUAAUUUUUUAAGAGAGGUAUGGACUCAUUUUCAGUUAUAACUCAUUAUUUUACCGUAAUAAAUUGUUCUCUUGUUUUUCAACUCAAAAUAUUUUCAGUGGCAUGAAAUUGAUUUUUUUGUUUAAAUAAUAUAUUUUGAAAAUAUUUUUAUUUGAGUUUAGUUUGACAAGAGAAUUUCAUGAUUAUUAAAUUACUUAUUAUAAUAUUUCUUUUACUUUUGUUAAUGUAAAAAAUAAUUUAACGAGAUAGCAAAUUAAUUUUGCAUAAUUGUUGCAUGAUAAAAACACUCAAAGUGUUCUUUCUCUUAUGGAGAACGAUCUCGUCAAGUUAAUAAAUAAUUUUCUUGUUAAAAAGAUAUAUAAUGUAAUAAAUAAGUGUAAGAAAAUAUAAUAUAAAUAAAAAUUGUUAAAAAUUUCA